AUGUCCCUACGUCAUGCCUCUGCCUGGAACCCUUGGAGGGCUUGUUGGUUGAGACGUUCUCAGCCAGCUCGAAGCAACACUAACUCUCCCCAGUCAAUCGCCUUUUUGGUAAUCGCCACUGCUGACAGGCCGCCAACCCCAAGGAUUCAGUGGAAAUCUAAUGAGCCUGUGUGGGUUGAGCAGUGGCCUCUAUCCCAGGAGCGGCUAGCAAUUGCGCAUGAGCUUGUCAAGGAACAGCUACAAGCAAAGCAUAUCCAACCAUCGCUCAGCCCAUGGAAUACUCCAAUUUUUGUCAUCCCAAAGAAGUCUGGAAAAUGGCGAUUGCUGCAUGACCUACGCAAGGUAAACAACCAAAUGUGGGCAAUGGGAGCGUUACAACCAGGGAUGCCCUCUCCCACAAUGCUGCCACAAGAAUGGUAUCUUCUAGUCAUAGAUCUGAAAGACUGUUUCUUCACGAUACCCCUGCAGAAAGAAGACACAGUGAGAUUCGCCUUCACUUUGCCGUCAAUCAACAAAGAAAGUCCGUCUCAGAGAUUUGAGUGGGUGGUCCUUCCACAGGGGAUGAAAAAUUCUCCAACAAUGUGCCAACUGUUCGUGCACUGGGCACUGACACCUGUGCGGGCCAAGCUCUCCCAGACAAUUAUUUAUCACUAUAUGGAUGACAUCUUGUUUUGUCAACGUGAUCCAUUCCAAGAUGAUCUCACAUUUAUCACAGCCCAGCUCGCAGCAAAAGGCUUGGUGGUUGCCCCAGAAAAAAUUCAAAGACAAGCCCCAUGGAAGUACCUAGGGUGGAUUUUGACAUCUUCAUCAGUCCACCCACAAAAAUUGGAAUUAAUCACUGAGAUCCACACCCUUAAUGAUGCACAAAGGCUUGUUGAAGAUCUGCAAUGGGUACGAUCCAUUGCCGGUAUCCGAAAUGAUGAGAUAGCAACCUUAAUGAGCCUUUUGAAAGGUACAGACCCGCAAGCUCCGAUUACCCUUUUGGCAGAUCAAAAGAGCUGUCUCAUUUAUCUAGGGAAGAAACUGCUUUCAACACUAGCAGACAGAAGAUUGCCAGAUGUGCCUUUGGGACUUCUGAUUUGUAACCACUCUGUUGCACCAUGUGCUAUCAUCUUCCAGUGGCCUGCUUGGCAAAAAGAGAAAGGGGGAGAAGGCCCAUCUAAGAGCCGUCGAGGUGCCAAGCAGCCUGCCAAGAAGAUACAGUUAGCGCAAUCAGCGAAGAAAUGUGCAGAGCCUCUAGCGAUCCUUGAGUGGAUUUUUACACCAUAUACGCCACCAAUGAGUAUUUGGCAGAGGACAGAAGCAAUUGCUUAUCUCAUCAAAAAGGCGAGAACACAAAUUGUGGAAAUUAGUGGUGCUGAGCCGGAACAUAUCAGUCUGCCAAUAACAAUAGAAAAUCUUGAGUGGAUGCUGAGACACUCAGAACCAAUUCAAUUGCAGACAUUAGAACUUACAGCCGUCGCAUGGGCACUGUCUCAUUGGCGAGACAGUAAGUUGAACAUUGUAUCAGAUUCAUUGUACGUGGUAGGAGUGGUACAACGUAUUGAAGACGCUCUCAUCAAACCACCAGAUAAUAAGCGAUUGUGUCAACUAUUUUUUCAAAUCAAAAGAGCUAUAGAGGACAGAAAUGAGCCCUGUUGCAUCAUUCACAUCCACAGUCAUCAAACAGAAUUAGGUCUUGGAAAAGGCAAUGCAAAAGCUGAUACGCUUGUCAGUCCUGUUGUAGCAGCACCAAGAGACUCUUUCGCAGCUGCAAGAGAGAGUCAUGCUCUCUUUCAUCAAGCCGCAAAAGCCUUACAGAGACAAUUUAACAUCAGCUUAACAGAUGCACAAGGCAUUGUAAAAUCCUGUCCACAGUGCAGUCAAUAUGGAACCACUCUAGGUUUAGGUGUUAACCCUAGGGGUCUUCAAGCCUGUGAGAUUUGA